AUGUCCGGUUGCGGCAAGACGGGCGGCAAGGCACGGGCCAAGGCCAAGUCGCGCUCCUCUAGGGCCGGACUCCAGUUCCCCGUGGGGCGCGUCCACCGCCUCCUGCGCAAGGGCAACUACGCCGAGCACAUCAGCUCCGGGGCCCCCGUCUACCUGGCCGCCGUCCUCGAGUACCUCAGCGCAGAGAUCCUCGAGCUGGCCGGGAACGCCGCGCGGGACAACAAGAAGAGCCGCAUCAUCCCCAGGCACCUCCAGCUCGCCAUCCGCAACGACGAGGAGCUCAACAAGCUGCUCGGCGGAGUCACCAUCGCCCAGGGCGGCGUCCUGCCCAACAUCCACGCCGUCCUCCUCCCCAAGAAGACCGAGCACGCCGCCGCCUCCGCGCCUAGCUCCAAGCCCCGAGGGCCACCUGGAGCGGCCGCGAGAGGGAGCGGCUCCAAGAGACCCGCCGGCUCCAAGGGCCUCAAGCCCAAGGGAUCCACCCUCGCCGUCUAG